AUGGAGGAGUUGGUGAUUGUUGGGAGUUUGAAAGUGAAGGCAUUUAUAUCUGAUUUGUCUAGAGAUCACUAUGCCAACGCAUUUUUCAAAGGAAUGCGUUAUGGGGAGAUGGCAAACAGUUUAGCGGAGUCCUUUAAUAAUUGGGUUGGUGUGUUUCGAGAUUUGCCGGUGCUACCUUUGAUAGAAGGGAUUCGACAGAAAUUGAUGGUAUUGAAUUCUCAACGACGAUUUGAAGCGGAGAAGUGGACAACAGUUUUGUGUCCGGAGAUGGAAACUAGACUCUGUGAAAAUGCAGAGGCCGGUAGGACUUGGGCAGUUCGUCGUUCUAAUUGCACUGUUUUUGAAGUAUUUGCUGAUUAUUCUGUGAUGGUUGAUCUCGAGCAAAGGACUUGUUCUUGCCGUCUUUGGCAAAUUGACGGUUUUCCUUGCACACAUGCGGGGGCUGCAAUCCUAGCAAAGAGAGAUUCAGUUUAUGAUUACGUGGAGUGUUACUACAAAACCGACUUCUUUCAAAAAGCCUAUGAGAGUCCUAUUUUUCCUAUUCCAGAUAUUGGGAAAGGAUUGGGCAGCAAUGGUUCUGCAGUUGGAGUUGUGCUUCCGCCAAUUACAAAGAGGCCAGCCGGAAGACCACCAACAAAGAGGAUCAAAGUUUUUGGUGAAUUUAAAAGGCCAUUGAAAUGCAGUCGGUGA